AUGGCUGCAAUUAAAACUAUUCUUGGUGUAGAUGAUAGCCUGCUCUUCACAGUAACCAGAGCACCUCGAUACUUCGGAAUCCUGCAGGAUCAUAGGGGACAGCCGCUCUCCGUUGAAAUUUCGGAAGAAUAUAUGGACCAAGACUAUAUUGCUACAAACAGAAAGCGGCAUAAAAUCGAUUGGCAUAAGAAUCCUUUAGACAUGGAUGACUUUGAUGAUGAUGAAACAGACGAAGUAUUUGAUGAUAAAGACAAAGAUGUAAAGAUACCUAACAAAUUUAAUUUACAAGCCGGUCCAGUAUAA